AUGUACAGUCUUGGUGAUUCUGUGCCCCCAGAGCAGGUGGCUCUGGUGAUUGGGAGUAUGAUUGGGGGUCUGCUGCUGCUGCUGAUUGGGGUGAGUUUCUGUCUCUGGAAGAGGCUAUGUGUCACCUUCACCUACGAGGAGCUGCCCAACACAAGGAAUAUGGCCACCUCAGCUGCAUCCAGCAAACAGGGAGACAAGUUCUGCCAUUUGGGGGCCAGGACCCAGCGAAGCAGCCUCUGGCACUCAGCCUUCUCUGGGCUUGGUGCUCUGGAGCUGCACCAUUUUCUGGCCACCUCUAUGCUGUCUCCAUACCUUUGGACUGGCUACCGGCUGGCUAGACCUCCCAGCCUCUAUAUUGCAGGGAUUGCAUGUGUGGUGGGGAUCAUCAACUCAGAAUUGUACAAGUGCCCUGAGGACAAGUGUGAGACUGAGUUCUCUGAAGGCUGCCUGGGGCAGCUGUGGUUCUCAGUGGAGUACCAGCAGAAGGCCGAGCUGCUGCUGGUGGGGCUGAUCAAGGCUCAGUGGCUGCAAGCCCCAUCAGACACCUGCAGCCCCCUGGUGUCCAGCAAGAGCAUCAUACAGAGGGUGCUGAAGUUCUCUGUGUACCAUGUGGACAGGCAGAGGAAACAUCACUUCCUGGGCCUGGUGCUAUUCCCUCUAAAGAACAAGACUCUAGUAGGCAACAGCCAACAUAUCUGGAGAGACCUGAAGGCUGAAAGCCUGGAGCCUAUCUCUGAGUUUGGAGACCUCCAGUUUUGUCUCAGCUACAACAACUACCUGAGCUGCCUGACAGUGGUUGUGCUGCGUGCCAAGGGCCUCCAGUUCCAGGAGGAUCAGAAUGUUGUGUUUGUCAAGUUAUCUGUGAUGAAUCACAACAAGUUUGCCAAGUGCAAGAAGACUUCAGCUGUGCUAGGCUCUGCCCACCCUGUGUGCAAUGAAACCUUCAGCUUCAAGAUUGAACCUGCUGAGCUGGACACGGCCAGUCUCAGCCUGAGUGUGCUGCAGAGCACAGGGAUUGAUGAGAGCCAUGAGCUGGGCUGGGUGGUAGUGGGCCCCUACGUGUAUGCCCGUCACAAGGAGCUGGAGCACUGGGACACUACGGUCAGCAAGCCUAAGGACCUGGUGCGGUGCUGGCAUGCACUUUCCUGCAGCCCUGAGCCCUGA